AUGUCUACAACCCGCUACGACGCAGCCCCAGCCGACCCGAGUCCUCUCGGACAGCCGCUCGAGUUCUCCUUCUCGGGCCGAACAGCACCAAACCGCUUCCUCAAGGGCGCUAUGAGCGAGCGUCUAGCCUCAUUCACCAUGGCCGACAAGGCCAACCGCGGCAUCCCAUCCCGGGAACUAAUCAACCUGUACCAGCACUGGGGCGAGGGCGAGAUCGGCCUCUCGCUAACAGGCAACGUGAUGAUAGCGCCAGACCAGCUCGAAGCACCCGGGAACAUGAUCAUCCCAUCCGAUGCGCCGCUGUCGGGGGUCCGGUUUGAGCGGUUCGCCGAGCUCGCGGGCAAGGCGAAGGCGAAUGGGUGUUUGAUUGUUGCGCAGGUGUCGCAUCCGGGGCGGCAGACUGCUGCUGCGGUGCAGCCGAGUCCCAUUAGUGCGAGUGAGGUGCCGCUUGCGGGGUCGCCGUUGGGGAUUGAGUUUGCGGUGCCGCGUGCGGCGACGAGGGAGGAUAUUGCUGGCGUUGUUGAGGGGUUUGCGCAUGCUGCUGAGUAUCUUGAUAAGGCUGGGUUUGAUGGUAUUCAGUUGCAUGCUGCGCAUGGGUAUCUUUUGAGUCAGUUCUUGUCGUCGACGACGAACAAGCGGACUGAUGAGUAUGGUGGGGAGUUGAAAAACCGGAUGCGGUUGAUUCUGGAGAUCCGGGAGGCGGUUGCGCAGCGGGUGCGCAAGGACUUCAUUGUUGGCAUUAAGAUUAACAGUGUUGAGUUCCAGGAGCAUGGGUUCCAGCCUGAGGAGGCGCGGGUGCUGUGCGAGACGCUUGAGGAGAAUGCGUUUGACUUUGUUGAGUUGUCGGGUGGUACGUAUGAGAAGUGGGCUAUGGACGAGAGACGGGAGACCACCUCGAAGCGCGAAGCUGUAAGCCAUUUUCCCUUCCCUAGUCUACAAACAUAG